UGCUGAGCUGCACGCCGCCACUGUCACCGCUUGUCGAGCUGUGUUACAUGCUCGACGCUGUCCGCGCCGUGGCGUUUUUGCAUUCGUUUUCACCCCCGCUCUUGCACCGCGACAUCAAAGCCGCUAAUUACCUCCUCGAUGCCUCCAAUCACCGCGUCAAGUUGUCGGAUUUUGGCGAGUCGCGCGUCGCCGACGUCCAGCGCAUGUCGGUGCGCGGCACCGUCGAGUACAUGGCGCCCGAGAUGAUCGACGGCAAGCGAGGUGCUGCGUCGUAUGCGACCGCCUCGGACGUCUUUAGCUUGAGCAUGACGCUAUGGGACAUCUUGCACCCGCGCCAGUUCAAGUACCCGCGCGGCACGAAGAAUCACAUGCACAUCUUCACACUCGUCCUCGACGGCGCGCGCCCGCCGCUGCGCGAUACCCUCUCGCCAGCACUGCGGAAACUGCUUGUCGCUGCGUGGGCACCUGCUGCGAUCGACCGACCGUCGGCCGCUUCCAUGGUCACGAUCCUCGCCUCCCUCCUCGAGGACGAGACGGCGCGUCUGGCCAUGGCCCUUGAGCGCGAGACGACGCCCACGACGGGCGCCGAGCUCGUCGACGCUCUCAUCGACGCCAAGCGUGGCAUUCGCGAUAAAUUCGAAGCCGUUCGCGUCGGCAACGCACUCCUCGAGACAGGACACCUCCACGACGUCAAGCACGCGCGCGGCUUUCAAAACACCCCACGGAUACAGUACACGUGGCAGCCGUCGGCGCGACGGUCGUCGCUAUUGGCUGCCCUUUACAUGGCCAAGGCCUUGGCACCGCUUUGAAGCGGGCAAAGCGCCGGUACCGACUGUACAAGAAGCAGCGGUCGGCGGUCGAGAUGCUUUUGGAGCCAGAGACGGACGACGACGAG